GUGAGCACAUCCAGGAUCAUGUGAUUUGGAAAACGUUUCAAAGCUGAAACCCAUCUGUGGUGUAGUUUAGUGAUCAGCAGCAGGUGCACGAAGUCCCUCUGGAUAUGACGGUGAUGCAUUUUAUCAGUUUGGGUUGCAGCCUCUGUCUUCUUCUCGGUUGCAGCUUCACAGUAAGCCUGGAGGUCAAAGUAGGGGCAGAUGUUACUCUAACGUGUAUAUACGACGCUGGCUACUAUGGAAAGCUACCAGUGUGCUGGGGGCGAGGACCAAUCCCGAACAGAGGCUGCGCCAAUCAACUCAUCAAAACAGACGGAACAACGGUGACAAGCAGACUCUCUGAGCGCUACCUGCUUAUGGGGAAUCUUGGCGAGGGCGAUGUGUCGCUGACCAUCAGACAGGUCGAGGAGAGCGACUCGGGGACGUACGGCUGCCGCGUGGAAGUCCCAGGCUGGUUCAACGAUCGCAAACAUCAGAUCACGCUAACGGUGGUGCCAGACCGCCCUGAUGCGCUACAGGUGAAGAUACAGGAAGUGAGGGAAAGGAGCCUCACCGUUGGAUGGUCUCACGUGUUUGACGGGGGGAGGUCCAUUACAUCCUACAGAAUUGACCUCAAGAGCAACGAGGAACGCUGGGACGCUGCAGUGACGACUCAAGUGUCAAAUCCAGACUUGACACAGAUCACUCUGGUGGACUUACGCCCGGCUAAGAACUACAACCUCCGCAUGUUUGCGAUCAACAGCGAGGGCAUGAGUGACGCUAGUAAUGUUCUUACGGUCACCACCAAUGAAGCAGCACCAGAAGGUCCACCCUUGGACAUGCAUCUCCUGGCUCUCUCAUCUACAAGCAUCAAAGUCACUUGGAAACCCCCAAGGGCCGAUCUGAGAAAUGGGGUUCUGCGAAGUUACAGCAUCAGCUACAGAGACCUCGACCAUCCAGGCAGACGACGCUGGCAGCACCAAAGUGUCAGAGCCACCCGGGAUGAGGAGAGCCUCAUCCUGAACGGACUCAAGCCUUCCACCAAGUAUGGCGUGCUCAUACAGGCCUUGACCAAUGAGGGAAUCGGACCCGCCUCUACUGCACCCGUCUGCUCCACAUUUGAUGAGGUUGUCCAAACUUCAACUCAGGCGACAAUCAAGACACCUUUUACGGUCAUAUGGAACACUGAAGGCACCACAAGAUUUAUCUCAGGGUUGACAGAUCAGACAACUUCAACGACUGAAGUGGUGACUUUCAGCACAACAUGGGAACAAAGUUCUACAGGUUUCUCUCCAGAGUACCCGGAUCCUCCUAUUGUUGAGUUAAAGGAGGUCAGUGAUAACACAGUUUCUCUUUCGUGGACUGCUGGCUUUGAAGGAGGUGCCCCCAUUACCGGAUAUUUCCUGGAGUACAAAGCAGUGAAUGGCUCUUGGGAUUUUAAAAAGACGGUAGUGGACUUCAGCCCCAACCAGACAGAGGCCACCAUUAUCGAGAUAAAUCCCUCCACGUACAACAUCCGCAUGUUCGCCAAGAACGCUCUGGGCACCAGUAAACCCAGUAACAUCCUCACAUUCACAACUGGACAGAAAGGUAAUCAGAAGGACGCCCUCACUACGCCCAUACCCAUCGACACUCAUGCUGCAACAAGCGCGGAGACGGCUGGAAGUGGCCACCUCGUUGCCAUCGUUGUUCCUGUUGUGCUGGUGAUGCUGUUGAUCGUUGCCAUAGUAACUGUAUGGCAACUGCGACGGCUAAAGGGGAAAAAAGGCAACCUCAGCAUGUGGCUGAGCAAUGGAGCAAUACUUUACAGAGGCUCUGACUCCAUGCAGGAGCUGUGAGAUACUAUAAUUGCCUUUACAGGACAUUAAACAUGUGCGGAAGUAAAACCAGCAACGUAUAUAAAAAGCACAAAGACCUGACAUGACCUUAGAGUUCCAAAAGUAGCUGAUAAUGACAGUGGUUUUUGUAUUUUGCAUUUAUACAAUACAUAUUUUAAGCUAACAUAGCUAAGCAAUCGCUUAUGUUAUUGUGUUCCUUUCAUGUGAGAGUGGGGGGUUGAUGAAAAUCAGUUUUUUUGGGAGUAGGUGAAGCAUCAAUCAUAUUCUGUUCUCUAAGGGAAGGCUCACUGUGCCACACUUUGAAAUAUAAAUAUAAAGAAUAAGUGGCCUGAGGAUCGCGCCUUGAGGCACACUCUUUGAUGUGUAAAGGCUUUUCAUGAAAUAUUCUGGGACAAUUUACAAUCAAUAAAUAUAUAGUU